GAAAACCCGCUUUGGUGUUAAAAGAUCAGACAAAUCGCGCAGUGGAAAGGCUUCUUCGCACAUGGACGGCAAAGCUGUUUCCGAAAAAAUAUCUGUACUUAUUCAGAAUUUGCAUAUUUAAAAUCGCCAAUAAAAUUCGUCUGAAACCAAAAAUAUUUUUUGUCUCGAUUGUUAAAUUAAUUUUAUUCUUAGUAAUAAGAUGGCUUCAGAAAAAGAAUUAGUUAUAUCUGAUGAUUGGGAUGAUGUACUUGGGGCUGAACCUGAAGAUGUUGUUAAACCAGAAGAAGAUAUUCAUAAAAAUUCGUUCGGAGAGGAAAAUGAGGAUGAUGACUGGGGGGAUGCUAUUGCAAUUGAAGUUCUUGCAAAUUACUGUUGUACCUUGAUGAAGCAAAUGGAGUUUUUUCGUAAACAAGGAAUAAUGUGCGAUGGAACCAUAGUUGUAGAUGAUAUGGAAUUGCCUGUGCAUAAAAAUAUACUUUCUGCAACAAGCCCGUUUUUUAAAAAUAUUUUUUCUCAGUUAACAAACCCUGAUGACAGUAAAAUUACUUUAAGAAAUUUAACCGGACAAAUCAUGGAUGACAUUUUACAUUUUGCCUAUACUGGUGAGAUUUGUAUCCAUGAUGGCAAUGUUCGCCAACUUGUUGCAACAGCCAAUUUUUUACAACUGCAAAGUUUGAAAGAUAUGACAGUUAAUUAUUUAGAACAAAAAUUAAGUCCAGCAAGUGCUGCAGAAAUAUUAAUUUUAGCUGAUAAACACAAUUGCAAAACAUUAAUUCAAUCAGCUGAAAAGUUGAUAAUGGACAAUUUUGUUAUUGUUUCAAAAACUAGUGGUUUCAAAAAUCUUUCAUUUGAAAUUGUACAUCAGUUGGUUAAAAGUGAAGAUAUAAGGGUAAUAAAAGAAGAAGAAGUUCUUGAAGCUGUAUUGACAUGGGUUAAAUCUGAUAAAGGGAAUGAAAAGGAAAAAGAAAGCCAUUUAGCCAAUCUACUGCAUGAAAUACGUUUUCUUUUAAUUUCACCAUCUUAUCUCUCAGAGACAGAAAAAGAUGAAUUUGUUAGUAAAAGUUCAUUAUGCCUAAAUAUUAUUAAAGAAGGAAUAAAUUAUCACCUGUCUAAUUCAAAACACAGCAUCAUAGAUCCAAAAUUAGCUCAUCCAAGAAAAUUCAUGGGAGUUGUUUGUGGUAUUGUGUGUGUAGGUGGUUGGCAGGGUGAUAAGCCAACCAAAGAUGUCUUUGCUUAUAUUACUUCAAAUUAUAAAUGGUUUCCAUUAGCUCCAUUACCAAAAGCAAGAUAUGGUCACUCUGUGGUGUCUUGUAAAGAGUUUCUUUAUGUAAUUGGGGGUCGUAAUGAAUCUACUUUACUGCUAUCAUCAGUUUUAAAGUUUGAUCCCACUUACAACAAAUGGGAAGAAGUUGCUCCGCUCCCUUAUCAAGUUACAUCUUUAGGAGUUUGUGUUUUUGAAGAUCAGCUUUAUUGUGUUGGUGGCUUAUCGAGUGUUGGAUCAAUUGAUAUUGUUCUUAGAUAUAGCUCUUGUAAUAAUGUUUGGCAACGAGUUGCAAGUCUUAAUUGCCCCAGAGGGGCAUUAUCAGUAGUUGCUAGUGAAAAAUAUAUGUUUGCGAUUGGUGGAAUACGAAAAUCAGGUUCUGGUGUUAAUACUCAGUGGGAAUAUCUAAAUACCAUGGAAAUUUAUCAGCGAGAAUCUAACUUAUGGAAAUACAGUACAGAAUUGUUAACAAAAAGAGCGCAUGCUUCUGCAGCUUAUCUUAAUCAUUUUAUUUAUUUAGUUGGUGGACAAAGUGAGUUAUUAGGAGUAAAUAGAGGUAUGGAUUUAUAUAACACCGUUGCAAAAGAAUGGUCAUCUGUUCAAUAUUCUGGUACCCCACGCACAAUGAGUGGUAUUGCUGUAAGUGAAACACGUUUCUAUGUUGUUGGAGGCAUGAGUAAAGAAGGCGAGUGUUUAAACACUUCUGAGGUUUAUGAUACAACCAAGGAUCGCUGGACUAAAAUUAGUCCAUUGCCAGUAUCUACAAGUUCAAUGCAAUGUUGUGCAAUAAAUUUGCGUCUUGCAGUUUUGCAAGGUAUGACAGCCUCUUUCUCUGAAUAAGAUAAAGAUUUUUAAUUAGAUAAAGAACAUGAAAAAAACAUUUUGUAAAUUUCUUAUAAAUUCUUUUCUGAUUUUUUUAUUUUAACAUUUGUACUUAGAUGCCAUUAUCUUAAAUUCUGCAAUUAUUAACUAAAAAAAAAAAUUUU